UUCAGCGUAACUAAUUAUCAGGGUUGCCCCGCAAAUCGAUGUGUGUUGUGGACGAACGCGUUGAGCGUGUGUCUCUGUGUUUGUUAUUGUAAGUGCGCGUUUUGUUUGCGCACCAUUAGCCAACAACGCAGUUGCAAGCAGCACCACAUGAUUGUCUGUGAUUGAUGUGCGCUAUUCAACAUGACAGACGAAGAUCGACACCCCUCCGUAUAGCCUUAUGGCAGACUGUUGGGGGAAAUGCUGUUAGCGAGCACCUAUGAAGGCCGCCAGCGCGCCACGCGAGGGGGUGGUGUGGACAGCACCACCACGCCCGGCCGCCUUUGUCUUCCCCGCGGCCACGUCUACACCGGCUACUCAUUUGAUGGUGUUAGGAGGAGGAAGGAAAGAAGGAAUGUUGCCCUCCGUCGAAGGAAACGGGACAGAGGCACACACGCGCAUGGGCCCACUCCCCCCCCAUCCCGCUCAUUCCCCGGGGACGUGGGAGGAAAUACCAAUCUGCCCGAGUCAGAGGCGCUUGGCCAAUCCCGGGCAGCAAGGCGAGAGCAAUUGUCAGGGCUCUUUUUGUUGUUGCUGCUGCUGCAUUCGCUGGAGCCUGCUAGGAGCCUUCAGGCGUCUCCCUCGAGCUCGUUUCGUAGCUCAAUUCCUGGGCGAUCGUGGAGGGAGCGGACCCGUGGACGACGACGAUGAGUGUCGUUGUUGUUGUUGGGAGUUGACGGAUGAUCGGAGAAUCAACAGCCGAUUUAGGACGGCAGCACUUUGAAGACUUGGAAGAUCUCGAGGCGAUGCAGCGAGAAUUGACCGAGCCUCGUCCCGCGAUGGACAUUCACCCGGUCAUCAUCGACGGCCGCAAGAGAAGCACGCUCCCCGUUGGUCCAGCCACGCUCCCAGACAACAGGCUGGCAGAGCUGCUGGGCGGCCUCACGCUGGGCGAGCUCGAGUCGUGGCUGCUGUGGGAGCGGGCACCGCGUGGCGGCGGCGGCAGCGGCGGGGAGCUGCAUCGCGACGACGGCGGCGGCGGCGACGACGUCAGCGUGUGGGCUCACAGGCCGCCGUGCGGGGCGGGCACAGCGCGCGCGGCGCCACGGUCCCUGGACAAGAGGGUCGUGCAUAUGGCGCUGUCACGGUCCCGCGUGCUGCCGGAUCCGUACCAGCCCCUGGCGGCGCCAUGGCCGCUCCCGCGGCCCCUCCGAGGGGACGCGGUCGGCUGCAAGGGGGUCGACAGGGCCCCGGUGGUCACGUGUCCCCAGGUGACGGCCCGCUGCUCCGCGCCACCAGCCGGUGCGAUCGCACAGGCGGGGGGCCCACUCCGGGGCUGUGCAUCUGGUGGGGACGUCGCCCACCGUGGUGACGGUGGACGCGGUGGCUGGCGACCACAGCGGGAGCCUUGCUGGCACCAAGACGGAGGUGGAGGCGGUGCCGGCUGCGGCAGUGGUGGCGCCGACAUGGGUGGGGGAGGAGGUGGAAGAAGUGCCGGGGACAGCCUCGACCCGGAUGGAUGCGGCUGGCUGCGUAAGAGCUCGUCGCUGGACAGCAGCCUGUGCCGGGUGGCGGCGGACUCGCACGGAGGGUACGGGGAAGCCGGCAAGCCGAAGCUCAAGCGCAAAGUGAGCUGGGGAGCCGCGGACAAGAGGCACUGCCAAGCCAAAAGGUUUGAGGGUGAUGUCGUGCGCUGGGCUCAGCAGCGACUGAGCCACAGGAGCCACAGGAGCCGCAGCGCGGGAGCCUCCCCGCUCUCGUCCGCUCGCCCUCGCUCGGUCGCCCUCAACUGGCCUCCGCCGGAGGAGAUGACGCAGCAGAUGCGCGACCUGCAGUUCAGCUCGCCGGCGGGGGGAUGUGGACCAGUGGCAUCGACCGUGGCACCGGCAACGAGCGGCGGCGGCGGCGGCGCCGGUGGCCCGUUAAACCUGGCGCCGCAGGCGGCGCGGCGUUCCGACGGAGCCUCCCCGAGCGCCGCCAAGCGCUUGUACCGCAACCUCUCGGACAAGCUGCGCGGCGCCGGCGGCGGCGGCGGCGGCUCGGAUGAGGCGUGCGCGGUGCACACGCGGUCCGAGAGGGACCGGCAGCAGCGCAAGUCGGCGUCGCUGCCGAACCUGCAGUGUGGCGAGGCGCUGCUGGCGGCCGUGGAGCAGCAGGACAUGGAGGGCGUGCGGCUGCUGCUCGACCGCUUCUCUCCCGACGAGCUGGACCUGAACACGCCCAACAGCGAGGGCCUCGUUCCGCUCGACAUCGCCAGCAUGACCAACAACGUGCCCAUGGCGCGCAUGCUGCUGCGUGCCGGCGCCCGCGAGAGCCCGCACUUCGUGAGCCUGGAGAGCCGGGCACAGCACCUGAGCGCGCUGGCGCGCGAGGCGGAGCAGCGUGUCGGGGAUCUGGCGGCGCAGCUCAUCAACGAGCCGGCCGGCUGCGACGCGUGCGAGCGCCAGCGCCAGCUCGCCGCCUGGGAGUGGCGCCACCGCCUCUACAAGCGCAUGCAGACCGGCUUCGAGCACGCGCGAACCCCAGAUGCCCCCACGCACGUGCAGCUGUGCGUGACGGGGAGCCACACGCUGGCCGUCUCGUUCCAGGAGCCGCUGCUCAUCAACGCCGCCAUCGUCACCAAGUACAAAGUCGAGUGGAGCAGCAGCAGCCAGAACUUCGCGCCGCCGAGCGGGGACUGCGUGCUGGAGGAUCUCCGCGUGCUCAAGUGCAGCAUCUCCAACCUCCCCUCCGGCGUCCCGUGCUACGUGCGCGUCUCUGCCUACAACAUGAAGGGCUGGGGACCCCCCCAGUGCUCCGUCCCCGCCUUCGCCAUUCCCUCAAAUUGGCGUGAGCUGGAAUGCCUGCCGGCGCGAAGCCGGGACCGCACGGAAGCUCUGGACCAGCUCCUGCGGCAGCUGAAGCUCACCUGGCAGUGGGGGGACACGCAGGCGAACCCGAAACUGCAGGCUGCCGGCCGCAAGCAUUCCGUCUCCAAGAGCCUCAAGCAUCUCUUCCACUCCAACACCAAGUUCGUGAAGACCAUGAAGAGAGGGCUGUACCUGGCAUCGGUGUUUUUCGACGGGGACAGCGUCCUCGUCACCCAGGAGGAUCAGCUGCCUGUGCUGGAGGUGGACGACUCCUGCUCCAGCUCCAUCUCCCAGGACUUCCUCUGGUUCGCUAAGGUCUCGUGCAUGUGGGACGACGUGGACUGGCUCCGCCACAGGGUGAUGUCGUCGCUCUCGUCGUGCUCCUCCGCCCUGCAGGCACGGCAGAAGAUCCUCGUGGCCGUCUCGCACAUGCAGGCGGCGCUGGGCGUGAGCGACCUCGGGCGUGCCUACUUGGAGCCGCUCAAGGAUCGGCACGGCAACGCGGUGCUGCUGACGCUGCGCGAGGUGUCAGAGCCGCUGCAGCACGCGCCCGGCGGCCUGCGCUGGCAGCCCGUGUCGCGCCUGCUCAGCCAGCGCAAGUCGCUCUCCACGCCCGAGGAGCCGUCCGCGCUUGAGGCCCUCAUCAUCACCCUGCAGGAGAAGGUGUCGUACCAGCGCAUGAGCAGCCAGCUGCUGGAACCGGGCCUUUACCUGGGCUACCUGAAGCUGUGCAGCUCUGUGGAGCAGAUCAAGGUGCUCGUGACGCAGAAGAUGCCAAACAUGCUCUGCCACUCCAAGAUCCGCGACAACCCCAACGUGUCACGGGAGGAGUGGGCGUGGCUGCGCAGCGUCGGUGGGCCGGGCCCCGUGGUGUGGAGGGCCGCGGGCCACGAGGAGGGUCCGCAGGGCGUCUUCCAGCAGCAGCUGACGGCGGCGGUGCAGGCUCUGCUCGCGCGCAUCAACGUGUCCGUGCAGCAGGCGAGGGACUUCCGCGUCUACACGCAGGAGGUGCUGGAGCUGAGCCACGGCGUCUCCUUCCUGCUGCUCAUGCCGCCGGCGCACGCCGUGUGCACCGCGCCGGGCCAGAACCCGUACACGCCGCACGCCGGAUUCCUCACGCUGCCGCUGCAGAUCUUCGAGCUCGUGCACUUCUGGCGCUACUCGCCCUCGUUCCUGGGCCGCUACUGCCGCCUGUCGGCUCGGCUGGAGCUGGAGUCGCUGCUGUCGCAGCAGGCCCUGCGCGAGGCCCUGUCCGACGACGAGCUGCUCGUCGCCAAGCAGAGGCAGCAGCAGGUGGCCGACUUCACGCAGGUGAGGCCCGCAGGGGGACACGGGAUCUCACACAGGUGAGGUCCACGCAGGGGGACGGGAGGUGUGGUGCCGGAUAUGUGCAGUCGACCAUGAUUAAUCCACCACUACAAGUCUGUAUGAUGCACGUGUCAGUGCCAGCCCAACUGACGUCCCGACGCAUUUACUCGUUCCGCGCGCGUCAAGUCGCGCGCGUAAGACGGAUCGCGUACGACUCAUGCGAGCGGUUCUCAGCUUCUUGAACUCGCGACGCACGAGGCGAGUGGGACGAGCGAACGAACGAGCGAGCGAACGAGCGAGAAUUUCUGGCGCGUGCGCAUGUCAUCGAU